AAAACCCCAUCAUCUUGUUCUCAAAAGUAUCGUCCGUCAUCUUCCACUUUCUCCAAAAUUUUCCUUUUUAAUUCUAUCUCCAAAAUUUUCCUUUUCAAUCCUAGCCCUAUUUCUUUUCAAUUUUUCACCCCAAAUUAUUAUCUUAUCACACCUUAGUCCCUUUCUUACAUAAAUAUUCAACAUAUGGAGAAGAAUCAAAAAGAAGUGUGAAAAGCAUAGGGAAAUUCAAAAGGUUUCAAAAGGAGAGGUGAAAAGUGAAAGAAGAGAAGGAAUUAAGAAGAAUUUUGAAGAUUUAAGGCUACAAAAAGACUUUUUUUCAUAGCGGUGAGUUUAAAAGCCAACUUGAAGUUUUCUGCAAGAAUACUCGUUAAUAAGCAGUAUAGACCCAAACGCCAUUCUUUUUCUCUUUAGCAUCACAAAUUGUAGUUGGAACUUGGAACUUGGUGAGGACUGAGGAGUUCCGAUGGCGUUACCGGUGGUUGAUACAGAGUACCUGAAGGAUAUCGACAAGGCUCGUCGCAAUCUUCGUGCUCUCAUUGCCUACAAGAACUGCGCUCCCAUCAUGCUCCGCUUAGCGUGGCACGAUGCAGGGACUUAUGAUAAGAACACAAAAACUGGUGGGCCUAAUGGCUCCAUAAGGAAUGAAGAGGAAUACACUCAUGGUGCCAAUAGUGGGUUGAAGAUUGCACUUGAUUUUUGUGAAGAAGUGAAAGCUAAACAUCCCAACAUUACUUAUGCUGACUUAUACCAGCUCGCUGGUGUCGUUGCAGUUGAGGUCACUGGAGGCCCAUCCAUUGAUUUUGUUCCCGGCAGAAAGGAUUCAAAAGUUUCUCCCAAGGAAGGGCGACUUCCAGAUGCUAAAAAAGGUCCACCACAUUUAAGGGAUAUCUUUUAUCGGAUGGGCCUGUCUGACAAGGAUAUAGUGGCACUCUCGGGGGGUCAUACUCUGGGAAGGGCGCAUCCAGAGAGAUCAGGUUUUGAUGGCCCUUGGACCACAGAGCCUCUGAAGUUUGAUAACUCAUAUUUUGUGGAAUUGCUGAGAGGGGAGACAGAGGGACUGUUGAAACUCCCAACAGACAUUGCUCUGGUGGAAGACCCUCAAUUUCGUCCUUAUGUUGAGCUGUAUGCGAAGGAUGAGGAUGCAUUCUUUAGAGACUACGCAGUGUCACAUAAGAAACUUUCAGAAUUAGGAUUCGCUGGAAGUUCCUCUGGCUCCAAAGCAAUUGUUAAGAACAGCACCGUGCUGGCACAAAGUGCAGUUGGAGUUGUAGUUGCUGCUGCUGUGGUGAUUGUUAGCUAUUUAUAUGAAGUUCGCAAGAAAUUGAAUUAGAGAGAGAGAGAGAGAGAGAGAGAGAGAUUGGUCUCUAUUCCCUCAAAUUAUUCCUAAUAAAUCAGUGGCAUGUAGUUCAUUUUCACAGCCCAUGAGCUGAAUAGUGAUAUUUUGUACUAAAGAAUACAAUAAUACAACUGAUUCUUCUUCCCUUCUGAAGUAAA